AUGACCGUCCCUCACCUCUGGCGAUCCGUUGUCCUGACGUCCUAUACUUCCAUCCGCUACAAAGAUGAUGUCCCCGAAGGCUUUGGCAGCGCAAGUCCCUUCAGCAUGGGUCUAAAUGCGCUGGUCACACGCAAUGUCUCCAAUCUGGUUCGUUCGCUGGAUCUGAUGGGAGACUUUGGAGGGCCUGACCAGCAUGAAAAUUCAAGAGCCGGCAGGAUUUCGGAAUAUGGUAUGAUCCUGAACAUCGCCGUCAGUGCUGCCCUGGAGAAAUGUACUCAGAUCGAGAAGUUCAGAUGGGACCUUGAUGCUCGCGUGCAACCAAAUGUCUACUCCAGCCUGGUGCGGCUGUCGAACCUACAGUCUCUGUGGCUACAGUUUCCACAAACACGAACUCCACACCCGAUAAGCGAAAUCCCACCCUUUCCGAACCUGCGAUCCUUCACAAUGACGAAUUACGACCCACUAUGCUACCCCGACGACAUAUCAACCAUGCUGCUACAUGGAGACAAGUUGGAAAACGUACAGCUGCACUUUUCCCCACGCAUGCGGGACCAGGGCGAACCCUCCGUCGGUCUUUACCAGUUCUUUCGGAAGCUCAUCAUGGCCAAGAAGCAGUUAAAGAUCACCCGAAUGGGGGUUUACAACUUGCUGGCACCGAUGGAUGCCACGGAUUGUAUCAGCGCCCUCGACACAACUGCCUGUCGGGAGUUCACUGCGAUAAACUCUUUCGGCUUUGACGAGGACAAAUUCAGCGCUGCAAGUAAUGCCACCUACUUUAUCGACAGGACCUGGCUAGUCCCCAUCGACCAGCUAGACAAGCCCAAACCCAAGCUUUUGAGAGUGGACCAAUUGCACAAGCGCCAUGCUCUUGAGCUUCAAAGAGCGACGGGCCUGGAAUACCUGUACCUCGUCAAUGCGCGACACAAGCCGGAGAGCAUCAACGGCUGUGCGCUUUCCACUCCGACUUCGAGAGACGCCUCUCCGCGCGCCCCUUCAGUGGUUGGAAGUGGCAGCAGCAGCAAAUCAUCACGAAGCACACCCGCCCCGAGCACAAGCUUGCGUGAUUUAUAUAUGGAUAAUAUCUGUAAUGUUUGUGGCCCAACUCUCAAACACUUGGUUCUUCCCUCACGCUGGCCACUACCGCAGGCGACGGUCGCCAGACUCAUUCGAUCAGCCCCAAAUCUGGACCAACUCAGUGCAGCGCUGAUGUGUACCGACCUACAGGUCAGUCGGAUGCUGUUUCCCUUUCUUACCAAGUUGUAUGCAAUCCGACUACUCAGCCCGACACAGGAAGGCCCGGAAGGCCGGCAGAUGCAAUGUAUGUUCGAGAAAUUCGUCGAGACCGAUGACGGUGACCAAGCGGAAAAGUUGUCUCGAGAACUCGCUGAGACGAGCUGCGAUGGCGGCAAGAGUGAUUUUCCCUACCUCCGGUAUGUGGGAAUAGGGCACAAGGUGUGGGAAAUAGGUGGAAUGGUAGAGGAACUCGUCAGAAUCCCUAUGGCCGAUGAGACCAGUCCUAGAGGUGAUCCUUGGAAUGCAAAGAGCGAGGGUGGUGCCUGGAGGGAAGAAGUUAAAUACAAAAGACGCGUUACCCGGAUCGAAGAGGAAGACGUCAAGCAUGUGGAGAUCUGGAAGAUGGAUUCCCUGGACGUCAUAUAA